GUUUUUGUUUGUUUAGGGAGCAGAAAGGGUAAAAUGGCAACGUUGAGAAAGGGAGAGUGGGUAUGGUUGGACAGAGAAAUUGGGGUCCCCAUUGGAGCACGGGUCAAAGUAACCCCAUCAGGUCAACGCUUUUUGGUGGAUGAUGAUGGACAGGAGCAAUGGCUUUCUCCGGAACUGGAGGCCAGUGUCAGGAUCAUGCACCCAACAUCAGUGGAAGGAGUGGACAACAUGAUCAAACUCGGAGACUUGACGGAGGCCGGACUUCUGCGAAAUCUCCAGCUAAGACACAAGCAAGGCAUCAUCUAUACGUACAUUGGGUCCGUGUUGGUGGCAGUAAAUCCUUACCAGAGUUUCCCAUUAUAUUCAUCUGAACAAAUAAAGUUGUAUCAUGGGCGAAAGCUUGGAGAACUCCCUCCGCACAUCUUCGCCAUUGCUGAGGCCUGCUACUUCAACAUGAAACGCCAUUCGAGGAACCAGUGCUGUGUAAUCAGUGGAGAAUCUGGAGCAGGAAAAACUGAAAGCACCAAGCUGAUUCUCCAUUAUUUGGCUGCUAUAAGUGGGCAGCUCUCUGAACAGGAGAUAGAGCAACAAAUACUGGAAUCAAACCCAAUUCUUGAAGCUUUUGGAAAUGCAAAAACAGUUCGCAAUGACAACUCUAGCCGCUUUGGGAAGUAUCUGGAGAUCUUCUUCAAUACAAGCGGAGCGAUCGAAGGCGCACGCAUCGAGCAGUAUCUUCUGGAGAAAUCUCGUGUUUGCCAUCAGGCUUUGGAAGAACGCAACUACCACAUUUUUUACUGCUUGUUGGCUGGACUCUCAGAGGAGGAGAAAAAAGUGUUAAGCCUUGGACAUGCCAAACAAUACACAUUUCUUGUUAAGGGCGGCUGUAUUCAUUGUGACAGCAGAGACGAUGCCAAAGACUACCAGCGCAUCAGUGCAGCGAUGAAGAUUCUGACCUUCUCUGAGAGCCAGUGUCAAGACGUUGUGAAGCUACUAGCGGCCAUUUUACACCUUGGAAACGUGAACUUUGAUGCAAACACUCAAAAUAACCUGGACACCUGUGAUGUCAACAAAUCAAAGCACUUUAACGUAGCUGCGUCACUGUUACAGGUGCAGAAGUCCUCUCUGGCCAACAGUUUGACCCAGCGCUCCUUCUUGAUGAAAAGGGAGAGAGUGACUAAGCCCCUGAGCUCUGAACAGGCAUCUGACUGUAGGGACGCUGUCGUAAAGGCUAUCUACAAUAAACUCUUUACAUGGAUAGUGAGUAAGAUAAACACUGUAAUUUACGAGAAGCUACAGACAAACCGCAAAUCCUCCUUCCUUUCGGUGGGACUGCUGGACAUCUUUGGCUUUGAGAACUUCAGCAAAAACAGUUUUGAACAGCUUUGCAUUAAUUUUGCCAAUGAGAAGCUACAACAGUUCUUUGUGGGCCAUAUUUUUAAACUGGAGCAGAAGGAGUAUCUAAAGGAAGAUAUUGUAUGGAACAACAUCAGCUUCAACGACAACCAAAACAUUUUAGAUCUACUCGCUGUAAAACCAUGUAACCUGCUGGCUUUGAUUGAUGAGGAAACCCGUUUUCCAAAGGGCACAGAUGGCACCCUGCUAAUGAAGUUGAACAGCCAGCAUAAACGAAGCAAACUCUACAUCCCCACUAUGACUGAGCAUGAAACAGAUUUUGGGGUUUUUCACUUUGCUGGUGUGGUCUACUACAACUCUCAAGGAUUUUUGGAGAAGAACAGAGACGCGAUCAGCUUUGAUGUGAUCAAAAUGGUAGAAUCUUCCAAAAAUAAGUUGCUCCGUCAGAUUUUUGAGAGUGAACUUUCUGUGAAUGGACUCAAUGGAGUCAAAGUGACCAAUAACCAGAGGAUCAUGAUGAAACCUCCAACCCCACUCCGAGGCGUGACUGAGAACCGUAAACAGGUGCAGACUCUGAGUGGUCAGUUUCGGCAGUCUCUGGACUCUCUCAUGAAGGCUCUGUCUGCCUGUCAGCCAUACUUCAUUCGCUGCUUCAAACCAAAUAAUGAUAAGCAGUCUGAGUUUUUUGACAGAGAGCUAUGCGUACGGCAGCUACGAUACUCUGGAAUGAUGGACACAGUCCACAUCAGGAAACUGGGAUAUCCCAUCAGACACUCCUUUGUGGAAUUCCUGAAACGAUACAGAGUGCUUCUGAAGACAACCAUGUGCAAUCCAAACACUCAAACUGCUGCGGCCUGUUGUGAAGCAAUCUGCAAAGCUGUAAUCAAAGGGGAGGAUGAAUGGAAAAUGGGAAGAACCAAGGUCUUUCUAAAGGACGUCCAUGACAUGACCUUGGAACGGCUGAGGGAAGAAGAACUAAGCAGGGUUGCUCUAGUCAUCCAGAGAGUGAUGCUGGGAAUCAAAGACAGGAAGUUAUUUCUGAAGAAAAGAGCUGCAGUUUUAGUUUUACAGAAACACUGGAGAGCUCACUUGAAGGAUAAAGCACGAAAAAAGAUCCGGUUUGGUUUUGAGCGGCUCAUAGCCACAAUAAAAAGACGACAGCUGCAAAGACAAUACAUACAACAGCGAGCAGCAGCCAUCACAAUACAGUCUCAGGCUCGGGGAUACAUGGCGAGAAAGAAGUGGAACCAAAUAAAAAGGGAUAGGCAAAAGGACGAGAUGAGGGACAUGGGGUACUUUGCACCAACGCAGGCUGAAAUAAUGGACCAGCGAGACGAGAUCAGUAAGAAUAUGUCAAGUGAGGUAGAAAAGGGACUCAAAUUAAUGGAGGAUGCAGUGUUGGGUGAACUAACGACCGACGGAGAAUCAGAUGUGGAUUCUGCGCCUCCGCAGGACAUACCCAAGAUAGUGAUUACUGGGGAAGUUUCAGACCGCAGUAGGAUCUCAUCCAUGGCAGAAGAAGAAGAAGCUGAUUAUUUUGAAGACGGUAGUGAGCCCUUUUCUUUCAACAAGUUCUGCGAUGUUCACUUCCAGGGCAAUGCCUCUCCGUCCCACAUCACACACAGACUAAAACAACCACUGCUGGCCCAUGACGAUGAAGGGGAUGCUCUGGCCUGUCUCACAGUUUGGUGGAUCAUUCUACGGUUCAUGGGGGACCAUCCUGAGUCCAGAUCACAUGACUCGGUAUCACUGGCAUCCAGCACAAUUUCAAGUCCAGUUCCAAGCCGACAGGGCAGAAGGCUGAGCAACCUGGUGGGGAUAGACGCGCUAUUAUUGAGAAAAAACAAGAAGAAGUUUGGAGGAGGUGGAACAGGGAGAAAAGCAUCCAUGAUCCCAGAAGAGCCAGAAGACGUAAAUGAAGAUCUUCUGAUAGGAGAGGGCCCUACUUUAGAUCGACCAAUGACUUCUUUGGAAAAAGUGCACAUUAUUAUUGGAUAUGCAUUAUCCAGACCAGGAAUCAGAGAUGAGAUUUAUUGUCAGAUCUGUAAACAGCUGGUCAAUAAUAACAAGAGCCACAGUCGUCAACAAGGCUGGCUCCUUUUGUCCAUCUGUCUUGGGAUCUUCCCUCCUACAGAGCUCUUCAUGCAGUACCUGGAGACCUUCAUCCGCAGAGGUCCAGACGGAUACAGAGAGUACUGCUCUCAGCGUCUGAAGCGUAUCAAGACUAACGGAGAAAGAAAAGAGCUGGCCUGUUGGAUUGAACUGGAGGCUGCCAGGAGCAAAAAACCCAUUGACACCUCAGUGCUGCUGAUGAACGACCAGACUGUGAAAGUGAGUCUGGACUCUGCGUCCACUUCAGCUGAAGUCUGUCAGACUGUGGCCAACCAGAUCGACCUGACUGACACCUAUGGAUUCUCUCUGUACAUGAACUUUGAGGAGAAGACAUGGUCCUUGGGCAGUGGUGGGAGGCAUGUUUUGGAUGCAGUGUCGCAGUGUGAGCAGGAGAUGAGGAGGCAGGGCAGAGAGGAGAGGAACACUCCCUGGAAACUGUUCUUUCAGAAAGAGCUAUUCACGCCAUGGCAUGACUGCUCCCUUGACCCAGUGAGCACCACGCUCAUCUAUCAACAGGUCAUCAAGGGAGUGAAGUCUGGAAAGUAUGCCAGUGACAAGGAGGAUGACCAUGUGCAUUUGGCAGUUCAACACUACUACAUUCAGUUUGGGUCAGAGUAUAAUGCAGACAAUGCCAGGAAGGUGGUUGGUGACUGUAUAACCACAAUUCUAAUUGAAAAUAAAUCUAUGAAUAAAUGGAUACAACUCAUCAACACUGGACAUUCUCAGGCUCUAAAUUACUAUGGGAGGCAAAGCCCUGAUACUAUAAAAGGAGAACUAGUUGACAUUGCCAGACAAAAAUGGCCUGUGUUCUUCUCCAGGUUUUAUGAAGUUACAAUGAGAUCAGGACCUGCUCUGCCCAAAAGUCGGUUUAUUGUUGCUGUCAGCUGGAGUAGCAUCUUCUUUCUUGACGGAACAGACAACCGCCUCCUGGAGCUGCCUUAUAUUGAAGUGAAAAGUGCGUCGAUGAAGAAGGAAGAAUACCUCAAUGCUGAGUUGGUCACACUGGCCACUUUUCAUGGAGAGUAUGUGUUGAAAGCUGCAGAGGCCGAAGAAAUGACUGCACUCAUACAGAGAAAUCUGGAGGGACUCAGAGAACGCUCUGACUUUGCAAUUGUUCUCAUUGACAACAGUAAACCAGAAGACCCCACUCAUCUCAUCUGUAGACGAGGAGAUUUGUUGCAGAUCAGGAAGAAUGAACACCCUCCACAGGACAACAUGUUUAUAGCCACCAACCAAAGAACCAGCAAUACUGGAGCAGUUUAUAAAAGCAUACUUCAGUUUCUGCCCACUCUCACUAUGCCUGGCCCUGAAGCAAUGAACCUGUUCAAUCCAGGCCAAAAUCAACCUGGAACAACUGCAACAUCUAACAUUCCUCAACCAACUGUGGCCCCUGUGUCUUUGAAAGAAUUUGCACUUGAACAUUUCAGGCUGCCAGGUAAAGAUGUGGGGCGACAGGGGUUGCAGAGAGGAAUCAAAGAGAAACUGUGGGUCAGCUCCAGAGAGCCGCUCAAACAGCCUCUCCUCAGGAGCCUGGUUCGUAACUCGGAUCUCAGCUACUUAGCCUGCAACGCCUUCACUGCUAUUCUCAAAUAUAUGGGCGACUACCCCAUUAAGCAAAAGCGUAGCCCCAUAGAACUGACAGACCAAAUCUUCGGUCCAGCCACUCAGCACGAGGCUCUGCAGGACGAGAUCUACUGUCAGAUCAUGAAGCAGAUGACCUCCAACAAUAACAGGCUGAGUAUGUCCCGUGGGUGGCAGCUGAUGUGGCUCUGUACAGGCCUUUUUGCACCCAGCUCUAGUUUAAUGGUUUACACCAAACGGUUUCUGGAGUCUCGGCCCACAGACCCCCUAUCUCCCGUGUGUCAGCACCGGCUGCAAGGCAUGAUCAGUAAGCCACCUAGGAAACUUCCACCUCAUUGUGUUGAGGUAGAUGCCAUUCAGCAAGACAGCAUCCAGAUCUUCCAUAAAGUCUAUUUUCCAAAUGAAACUGAGGAUAUAUUUGAAGUCUCAUCAACAACCACAAUCAAGGCUUUUUGCCGAAGUAUUGCUCAUCACCUCAGACUACUUUCAGCAGAUGGAUAUGGUCUUUACUUGAAAACGCUAAACAAGCCGUUACAAAGCUUAGAAGACCAGAAGUAUUUAUUUGACAGCUUAAGAGAAGCUUCAGACCCUCCUAAGAAAGUGAAAAAGACAAGAGAGGGAAACCAGACUAAUCUGCCCUACCUGGUCAUCUUAAAGAGAAAGCUCUGGUUCAAUGUGACCCCAGGAAAGGACUUGGUUGCAGAUCUCACCUUUCACUUUCCACAGGAGCUGCCUAAAUACCUACAGGGGUACCAUAAAUGCACCAAAGAGGACAUGAUCAAUCUUGCUGGGCUGCUCUUCAGGGUGCAGGUCGACUCAGACCGAUCACAGUUUGUCAUGAUUCCCAAAAUGCUGAAGGACCUGGUGCCCGCUGACCAGAUCAAAAUGAUGUCCCCAGAGGAAUGGAAGAAGCAUGUCAUCUCCUCCUACAACAAGCAGAGCGGCAGCACAGUUGAGGAGGCCAAGAUUGCCUUCUUGCAAACAAUAUCAACCUGGCCUACAUUUGGUUCAUCUUUUUUUGAUGUCAAGCAAACAUGUGAAUCUAGCUACCCAACCAAUCUCAGGAUUGCUAUCAGCAAGCAGGGUGUGGGUCUGAUGGACCCAACAACAAAAGAGUUACUGGUUAUGCAUCCAUUUAACCGGAUCACAGGGUUUAACAGUAAAGGUGCACAUUUUCAGAUGACAAUACGAACUCUCGUGACUGCAGUCACUUUUGUCUGUGAAUCCCCAAAGAGUGAAACAAUGGCAGAUUUGGUACAGUCCUAUGUUAAUAUGUACAGUGAGCAAAGAAACAUUCAACCACAUAAAUCGACAAACUACAUAAAAAGAAACUAUUUGUAAACAGCGAAUCAUUGUAACAAGGUAUAUCAGUUGUGUUUCUUGUGAUUUGUUGUUUGUACAGAAGUAACUUAAAAUUCAGUUUAACAUGUAUUAAUAAUGCUAGUAAUAAAUCAAUUUAGACUUAA